UGUGUCUGAAGAACCCAAUCUUUCACUCACAACAAUCAUAGAUCCACCUGUUCAUAUCUUUCUCUUUAACAGUUUCUCAAUCAAGAAAGAUCAGAUUUUUCGUUUUCUUCCCCCAUUUACUUCUCACAGGGAUUUCCCUUCCCUAUUGGGUACCAAAACCUUUAAUACAGAUUCUUUUCUUUUUCUUUUCUGUAAACACCCCUUUGCUGUUUCUAUAAAUACCACAUUCUCUGCUUCCUUUGUCAGCCAUUAUAACUUGUGUGAAUAAUGGUUGCUGAAAACAAAGAAGUCUCUGCAUCAAUGGAGAACAGCAGCAGCAGCUGCGACAGGAAAGCCUCUCAGCUCGAGGUCUUGCAGAAGGAGCCGACUUUGGUUAAACCCGAAUCCGAAACGCAAAAGGGUCUCUAUUUCUUGUCGAAUCUUGAUCAGAACAUCGCUGUGAUCAUCCGAACGAUCUAUUGUUUCAAGUCGGGUGAAAAAGGGAACGAAGAUGCAGUAGAUGUGAUCAAGAACGCUCUGAGCAAGGUUCUUGUUCACUAUUACCCUCUCUCUGGGAGGAUCACCAUAAGCCCAGAAGGCAAGCUUACGGUGGACUGUAGUGAAGAAGGAGUCGUGUUUGUGGAGGCAGAAGCUAACUGUUCAAUGGAUGAGAUUGGUGACAUAACUAAGCCAGAACCUGACACUCUUGGCAAACUGGUGUAUGAUGUUCCAGAUGCCAAGACCAUUCUUGAAAUUCCUCCAGUUACAGCUCAGGUGACUAAAUUCAAAUGUGGAGGCUUUGUUCUUGGACUGUGCAUGAACCACUGCAUGUUUGAUGGAAUCGGUGCCAUGGAGUUUGUCAGUUCAUGGGGCCAAACAGCAAGAGGGUUACCCCUUACAACACCUCCGGUUUUAGACAGAACCGUUCUUAGAGCUCGAAACCCUCCAUUGAUCGAACAUCUCCACCAAGAAUACGCAGAGAUCGAAGACAAAUCCAACGUCAAUGCCCUCUACGCAGAUGAACCAAUGCUUUACAGAUCCUUCUGUUUCGACCCGGAAAAGAUCAAGAAACUCAAGCUGACGGCCACUGGAGAUGGCCAAGUUCUUCAGAGCUGCACAACCUUUGAGGCCUUAUCGGCUUUCGUGUGGAGAGCGAGAACAAAGGCACUGAAAUUGUUGAAUGACCAAAAGACCAAGCUUCUCUUUGCCGUCGAUGGCAGAGCCAAGUUUCAGCCUCCACUUCCAAAAGGGUACUUUGGGAAUGGAAUUACUCUGAUAAAUGCCACUUGCGAAGCAGGUGAACUUCUCGAAAAGCCAUUGGCUUUCGCUGUCGGGUUAGUCCGUGAAGCGAUCAAUACGGUGACUGAUGGCUACAUGAGAUCUGCGAUCGAUUACUUCGAGGUAACAAGGACCAGACCGUCUCUUGCAUCGACACUUCUGAUCACGACAUGGUCGAGGUUGCCGUUUCAUUCAACCGAUUUCGGAUGGGGCAAACCGGUUUUGUCUGGUCCCGUUGCAUUGCCAGAGAAGGAAGUGAUUCUGUUUCUGUCUCAUGGAGAAGAGAGGAGAAGCAUCAAUGUGCUUCUUGGACUUCCGGGCUCCGCCAUGGAUGUGUUCGAAGAACAGAUGUCACAGAUAUAAAGAAACAAGAUCAUGAACGAAGAUUCUUCGGCCUUUUGAUAAUGUUUAUGUUCUGUUAUCAUAUUCGUUACAGUCGUGAUUCGUAUUACCAUUGUUGAAAUUUUCUCAUGCUUUCUUGUAGACAUUCUUUCUUGUUACAAAUGACUGCAACUCCAUGUGACAGAUGUUCCUUU